UCCCCAGCGCUACUACAGUCCUACUCUGCACAUGCUCGGGGACACUCCUCAACUUUCCCCGUGAAGAAUGAGAGCCGGAGGGAAGAAAUAGAGAGAGUCAGGGGAUCGACUUGAUCAGACAGGACAGGCGUUUCUGGGGUUCAAGACAGCGCCAAGGAUCUCGAAGACACUCUUCUCCCUAGCUCUAAAGAAAGUCCCACUGAUUAGAUCUGUUUAAGAGAAAGAAGAAACACAGCCAACAUUACUUUGAAGAAAGACUGAGAAGAAAGUUGAUGUGAGAAAGAGAGGGAGAGAAGCCACAGGACUGUGCUGCCAUGUCACUGAAAUACAGCGAUGCCCCAGGGCCAGAAGCAACCAGCAACAGUUUCUGGAUGCCAGAUAAAUAUAAAAGUACAACCAAGCGCACGGACGAUGGUUACAAAGUCUGCAACGACAUCAUCCUGUGUUUCCAGGAGAGAGCAAAGAUUGAGAAACAGUACGCCCUGCAGAUAGCAACCUGGUCACGGAAGUGGAAGCCACUAGUCGAAGCAAGUCCUAUGUACGGUACUCUGUUGAAGGCGUGGCACGCCUUCCUUACCUCCGCAGACCGGCUGAGUGAACUCCACCUGGAGAUCCAGAAAUCGCUAGUGACUGAGGACACGGCCAAGAUUAGCAACUGGCAGAGGGAGACUUACCACAAGAAAUUCUUCGGGGGCUUCAAGGAGACCCAUGAGGUGAAGAGUGGAUUCCGAAAAGCGCAGAAACCCUGGACAAAGAAACUGAAAAAGACAGAGAAGCUGAAGAAACUGUACCACGCCAAACGCAAAAAGGAGCGGGUGGCCAUCAUCCGUGAAAAUAGUGGCAAGGCCAACCAGGCAACAUCUACAUCAAAGCAGCGCAAACUCCAGGGUGAAAGAGAGAAGUGCAACCAGGAAGUAGAAAAGGUUAAGCAACGCUACACAAAGACGAUAGAAGACUUAAACAAGUACAAUCCAAAAUACAUGGAGGAGAUGGAGAUGGUCUUUGACCAGAGCCAGCAGCUGGAGCAGAAACGCAUAAUAUUUCUCAAACAGAUCUUCUUGUCCAUACACCGGCACCUUGAUGUCACCAAUAAUGAAAGCUUCCGGUCUAUAUUUAAAGACCUACACCAGACUGUACUCUCAGUAAAUGAGCAGAAUGAUUUGAAAUGGUGGCGUAACACACAUGGUCCAGGGAUGCCAACCAACUGGCCACAUUUUGAGGAAUGGAGUCCAGAGAGAGAAAAGAUUGCAGGCAAGCCAGGGAAAGGGAAGAAGGAAGGAGACAAGGUGGUUCUUCAAAGCUUAAGUUUAAGUAAGGGGUAUUCCCUGGGUGAGGAUGGCACAAACGUCCCUGGUGUCAGAAUCCGAGCAUUGUACGAUUACACCAGCCAGGAGUCAGAUGAGCUCAGUUUCAAGGCGGGUCAGGAGCUGACAAAAGUGGAAGAUGAGGACGAGCAAGGAUGGUGUAAAGGUUAUCUUGAUGGAGGUCGGAUUGGACUAUACCCAGCAAACUACGUAGAAGUUAUACAGUAGAAGGCAGAGUGAAUGCUGCUUAAUUAAAAAAAAGUGGAUAUUUAAAAUGAAGGCAUCACCAACAGGACCUAUGAGUGUCUCUCCACCAACAUGCUUUUUAAAAAAACAGUUUAAAUGUUAUUUUUCAUUACUAAUGACUAACUUUUUAAAAAAAAAAAUCAGCCUGUGAAUGCUAACAGUAUUUUUGGCUGGGAGAACUAACUGUGCCCACAAACUUCAGGGGAGCUGGAUUAGUAUUAGAGCAUUGGACAGGGGAAGUUACUGAGCCAGAGACCCACAAGCAGCAGAGAAGAUUGCUCGAGGAGCAGGAAGAGUUAGAUCUUGUAAAGGAACCAGGUUAUUGGUGUCUUAAAAAAAAACACCCCACCACUGGUCACUAAACAGAACCUCUGUCAAGUAACCAGUCCAAAUUUGGCAAUGCAAAGAAAAGAACCUGCAUCCAUAAUUGUAAAGGGAACAAAAGACCCUUGGUUAACCAAACACAACCCCUGUGGAGGUCAAUUAAUUUCUAUUCUCAGGGUAACAACAAUAACCCUUAGUCAGGUUCCUAACAAAACCAUCAUGUCACUGUACAAGAGACAAAAAUAGAUAGGAGGAAAUUUAAGAAUUGAAUGAUUUGAGAUAAAAUGAUAGCUCUCUGAUGUUGGAAUUCUCUCAUCUCUCAAAAGACGAGUUAUAUUUAAAAAGUGCAUUUUAAGCUAUUUAGAUUAUUGAAUGCAAGUUUUAAACACUAUACUUUGUACAUAAGUGAAAGCAUGAGAAAUUUACAAGAUUGGGAGCACAAAUUGCUUGCAAAAUUUGCAAACAUGUAAUAUGAUGAACACAGACUACUGACCUGGUUUAAUCCUAUGAUUUUUCUUUUUAUACUCUCCAAAACAUGCACACCCCUCAGUACAAGAGGUUUAGCUUUCACCCUUCACUGCAAAACUUUUUUUUUCCAUGGGUGAUGUGAAGUACAAUCAAAAACCCCAGGCAAUUUGCCUCUUUUCUAUCAUAGGGCUAUUACAGGGCCUCAACCAUCACCCCAACCAAAUUAAAACACGAUCUGGGUGGCACCCAGAGUUAUCCUAUUGAGUCAUUCAGAUGAUUAAAAUAAAGCACAACACCAUCACUGGUCAUUACAAAAGAGAGUACUCUGCAUAGCAUUUACACAACUUAGUGCAGUGCAUUGCACUUAAAAUCACAAAUCUUCUCUCAAACUUUUGAACUUAAAACCACAGCAUUCCAGUAUUGUAGAAACAAAGGUUAGGAAUAAUUUCAUAACCCCUCUAAGGUUAUGAAGGACAUGGAUGGGGUGAAUAGCCAAGGUCUUUGCCCUGAGUAGGGAAGUCCAAAACUUGACAACAUGGGUCUAAGGAGAGAAGGGUAAGACUUAAAGGGGACCCGAGGGCAACUUUUUCCACACAGAGGGUGGUGUGUAUAUGGAACGAGCUGCCAGAGGAAGUGGUGGAGGUGGCUAAAUUACAACAUUCAAAAGACAUCUGGAUGGGUAUAUGAAUGGGGAAGGUUUAAGAGGAAAUGGGCCAAAUGGGACAAGAUUAAUUUAGGAUAUCUGGUUGGCACAGACAAGUUGGACCGAAGGGUCUGUCUCCUUGCUGUACAACGCUGACAAAAUAUUUCUGAAAUAGCUUACAUGCUUAUGAAGAAUGAUUGUCUCAAAUUGGAUAAUUCAGGCAACUGGAAAUCAGCUUGGAGGAUUUUAGAAUGCUUUGGAGAAAGUGACAGGUUGGAUUAGUAUGGUCCAGAUUAUUGGACACAUUUUAAUUCCUUCAACUGAUGAUAAAAUUAACCCUACAGUAUUAGGUUGAGAAGUAAGGCAUGCAGAGCUAGAAAUGUUGAGCAUCAGGUGGCUCCCUCUGCCCUCAGAGGCACUUGUACACAUUUGAAAUGAACAUCUGGACUUUAUCUCCACUAAAAUCAAAAAGAUGCUAGAAAUACACAGCCCGACAAUGCCAAAUAAGUUCAUAAGUUCUGACACAGAAUCACAACCAAAAUAUUAACUCAGCUCAUGUCUAUUCUGUUACUAGUGGGAUUUCUCAGUCAUUCCUGGCUUUCAUUUCAGACACUCAGCAUUCACAACCAUUCUUUCGCAAAAAGGAUUCGAAAUCUCUCUGUAAAUAGGCUCCAAAAUAGGAAUAGAAAUAAACAAAAAAUGUAAAGGAAAUUGUGGUGAGCAAAACUCUCAUCUAAUUUAGCCUCCGUGUUCUACCUCCAUUGUUGAAAGGCUUUUGCUGAAGUUAAAUUGUUUUAAUGAAAUAGCCAACUGCUUAGUGUUGCUAUCUCACCAUCACCACCAAUAGGGUUCCAGACUCAAUGGCUUCAUCUAAUCUGAGAAGUUAAGAGGAGCAACAAUUAGAUUGAAGACCUCCUGGGUUGGGGAUAGGAGAAAUAAUCACUCAGGUUUCUGGUCAGCUUUGCAGGGCCUCCUCCUGGAAGGUGUAUGAAUGUUGGGUGGGACAGGAUCAUGUGAUCUGCACUCUACAGUAGAACAAUGUGUCAAGGCACUAACAUUGAAGGCAGCCCAGUUGGCUAAGGUACCACAGAAAUUCUGUUACCUGUAUCACCGUGCUCCUAAAACAAGGGUCAGAAGCUUUAGGCAAAGAGACAACAAAGGUCCAGAACUUGAUAAAAAUGACUUUGUUGCUCAUGGAGAAUCAGUGCAGUAGCACCUGACCUAGGGAGGAUUUAUAGGUAUGAGACCUGAAUAAACCUCAGGAUACGAGCACAUUUGUAUUCCACACAAAAACAAAAGCCAACUAGUGCAGGAAUUCCAGACAUAAAUCAUCCAAUGCCCAGAUUAUCAAAAAGUCACGGAUUUGUUGGGGUGGCCUUAGGGGUUUAACCUCCUGCCCCAACUCUACUUCAUAUCUUUCAGACUGUCUAAGCAAGAACAAUCUAUUGCUACAGCUCUUGUUUUUGUCUGCUCCUUUGUACUACAGAAACAGCUGAGGAAAAUGUCAAGUAUUAUCAAAAAAUGUGUUAACCAACAGGAAGCUACAUUUGCAAUUCUGUAUAUCAACACUGCAAAUGCUUGUGAAUAAAAAAGUUUGACAGUAAA